CCCAUCAAGAAACACGCGUCUAUCGUUUAUAUUAUUUUUUUUUUAUAUUUUCACAAUAAUCAAAAUGAAAUGAAGUUAUUUAUUGUGCACAAUACAGUGAUAACUAAAUAGUGAUUUUUUGUUAAAAAAUAAUAUUUAAAAAUGCCUAUUAAUUACGGUGCCACAGAUGAAAACGAAAACGGGGUGAACGAAGAGAAGAAUGAAUGUAACGAUGAUGAAUUUACUAUAAGUAUUCCGGUUAAACGAAGAAAAUGGUGGCGAAUUGGUCAAAACUAUCUUUUCGGAUUCGGACAUGUCUACAACGAUCUCUGUGCUGCAAUGUGGUUUUCUUACAUGAUGCUAUUCUUUCAAGCCGUGCUCGAAAUGAAGGCAGUGGUAGCUGGUGCUAUGUUACUAUUGGGUCAAGUGGUAGAUGCCUUGGCUACACCAGUGGUGGGAGUAUUAGCUGACAAAUAUAGCACAAAGACAGUAUGGCAUUUAACAGGGUCUGUUCUCGUGGCUUGUACAUUUCCCUUAUUAUUCAUUCGAUGUUGGGGUUGCUGGAUGCGGAAUGAUCCGGAAUAUUUGUCAUGGUGGAUGCCGUUUUAUUAUGCUGUUCUAAUCACAAUAUUUCAAAUCGGCUGGGCUGUCGUACAAAUAUCGCACUUGGCAAUGAUACCUUCCAUUUCAGACAGCUUACAAGUUCGUUCUGAAUUGACUUCCAUACGUUAUAUGGCUUCUGUGAUAUCGAGUUUGACGGUAUACUUUAUAACAUGGAUCGUUUUAAGAGCUACGCAGUACAGCAACUUUAUUGGACCUACUGAUGAUUAUAAAUUUAGGAAUGUAUCAUUAAUAAUUUCCAUCAUUGGGGUCACGUGCGUGACAAUGUUUCAUAUAUUUUUUAAACUAAAGUCGAAUAUUGAUCGAAAAAUUAUUAAGACAGAUACAGAGAUCGGUGAAGAGAAUCUCUUAAAAUCGACCAAAUCAAAAAUAAUGUUCUUUUUAAGAAUGCCGCUGUUAUACCAAACUAGUUUACUAUAUGUAUUCUCUCGACUGUAUUGGGCACUUAGUUUAGUGUACGUGCCCUUAUUUUUAGAAGAACGACUCUCGGUAAAUCCUUCUGAAGGAUCCGAAUUGGUAGCGAGUGUACCGCUCGUGCUGUACAUAUCAUCCCUACUAUUCUCUUUUCUUUUGAAGAGCAACAUAAGUAAAAUUGGUAAUCAGGUUGCAUAUUUAAUAGGAAGUUUGUUCAGCCUGAUUAGUUGCGUUUGGAUAGCAGUUACGAUUGAUCCGGGAGCCAGCGUCGUACAAAUAUAUUUGGUCGCGACUCUAAUCGGAGCUGGCAGUUCCAUAACCCUUGUAUCAAGUUUAUGUGUAACAGCAGACCUGAUCGGACCACAUUCACACCAAGGAGCAUCUAUAUAUUCUAUUGUUACGUUUGCUGAUAAAUUAGUGACUGGCAUUGCAGUUGUAGCCAUAGAGAAUUAUAAAUGUGAUGAUGCCCUGGAUUGUCCUCAGUACUAUAGAGGUGUUCUAACAUAUGCAUGUGGAGGGAGCGCAGUUUUAGGAAUUCUAUCAUUAUGUCUAACAAAUUUAAGAAAAGACAAGAGUCUUUUCAAUUGAUUAAUGAGAAUUUUACAUUUUUUAUGAAUUUAUUCCAAUUUCAAAUUAACAGUUCUUUAAUUUCUAAAUACACAAAAUAUUUAACAGAUAAACAUGAUUUAUCCAAAGAGAUUUUUAAACCGUCUGCAUUUACCAUAGUAUUAUGA